AUGGGGGACAAAAUCAGAACCGACGUUGCAAAAAAAUGGGGACAAGGAGAUCCGAUUAAACGAAAACGUUCAGAUGGAAGGGUUCUUAAAUUUAGUAGAUUAGCAAAACGUGGUGACCAAGUGGCUGUUAAUGAGAAAAUUGUAAAAACUUAUUACCCACCUAAUACAGUACAAAAGAAACUGGGAUUAGACAUAUAUGUUACAAGAAAAGAUAAUGCAACAUAUUGUGAUGAACCAGGUGUUGAAUUACUUGAUAGUUGGUGCGUUGAUAUACCCAAUGCAUCAAAGGAAAAUAGGGCCUUCGAAUUCACUUUGACUUUUGGAAAGGUUGAAAUUGAAGCUAUUGCUCAGGCCAAAACUGGUGAAAAGUAUGAAAAUACUUUUGAUUUAGAUAUGUAGAGAAUUUCAUCAUCGUAAUGUAUUAAAUUUUAUUUUGUAUUACGUAUAUUUAAUUAACAUGUAAAUCAUAUGUUACACGAAAAUUAAAAAAGCGCUGCAAAAUGGUACCAUUAACUAACAAAAAGAAAUUCUGUGUAAUUGAUUGAUUGACAAAUGUUAAAUUAUAAUAACCGAAAUAUAAAAAUUUCUGUGUAAUGAACACUGUGUUGUUUUAAGAAAGAGAUUUGGGGAUUUGCCGGUGUCAGGGAUAAAUUUAAGAAAGAAGCAAUGCAAUCCGUCUAAUUCUCAAAAUUGAUAAUAAACAGAUUAAAGAAAGUGGUUAUGAUAAUCAAUAAGUUUUAAGAACAAAAACGCAAUAAAAAACUAAUAAUGAGUUAGAUUAAUUACGCAAAGAAAACUUGAAGAUAUAGUAAAUGAAUCAACUUCAUUUUAAUUUUUUUUGGAAGUGUUUUCAAGGCU